GACAGGAGAAUGCUCCGCUUGCGACGGCAGUCCGAGACGCUGCGGUCCUGAAGAAUGAUCCUCUCAGUGCCUGGGGCUCUGCCGCGGCCGUCCUCCCUCAUCUGAACGCACACACACAGGCGCGCGCGGCACACACACACACGCUGGACGAUGUGAGAGGUUGGUACUAAAAGAAGUGCCUUUCCUGACGUCUGCUGCUGCUUGGAUCCGCUUCUAGAACAGUCUCUGCUUCUUGCCUUGCUUGCUGCCGACGCCACUGCGAGGACGGCCUUCUCUGCUCACCUGAACCCUCAUCGCCUCCGCAGCCACCUUCAUCCCCCCCCCCCCUGCUGCUUCAGCAGACACAGUGCUCACAGUCUGUCUCCCUCCCUCCCCCGAAACCUGAGACCUAACACCGCCGCACAGAGGCGUUUUUUGGAUGGUCAAUUGUUGAUUGUCACUGUGUACAGACGCGUAUCUAUCUCCCCGUGCCGGGGCCGUCGAUAAUGAGCCGCGCCAUCGCUCCUGUGCGACGCUUCAGUUGAGGGGCGGUUCGGCCUGCACGGCUCAGCGCGGGCGCGGUCACAGACACACCUAUCAGCCCCCCCACGCUCACUCUGGAGAUGGGCCACUGAUCGCAGGCGUGUCCCAGGCCCCUCAGUCUCUUUGUCCUCCCCCCUAACUCUGCCCCACUGCACCCGCUCCGGACAGCUACCCUACUUUUUGUAUCGCUAUAUUUGCAGUAUUUUUAAGUGCCGUUUUCAAGUUCAUUUUUUGGGAAAAGAAAGACGACAGGAGACACACACACCGUAGAUUUCUCUCACCUGGAUUUCUUUCGCUCUCGGUCAUUGCCAUGGCAGUGAACGUCACGCCCAUCCGGGACACCAAGUGGCUGACUCUGGAGGUCUGCAGGGAGUUCCAGAGGGGCACCUGCUCGAGGCCGGACAGUGAAUGUAAAUUUGCACACCCUGCUAAGAGCUGUCAGGUGGAGAACGGGAGGGUCAUCGCCUGCUUCGACUCCCUAAAAGGCCGCUGUUCCAGAGAGAACUGUAAGUACCUACACCCCCCUCCACACUUGAAGACUCAGUUGGAGAUUAAUGGAAGGAAUAACCUGAUCCAGCAGAAGAACAUGGCCAUGCUAGCACAGCAGAUGCAGCUGGCCAACGCCAUGUUGCCUGGGACACAGCUGCAACCAGUGCCCAUGUUCUCCAUGGCCCCGAGCCUCGCCAACAACGCCAGUGCCGCGGCGGCGUUUAACCCGUACCUGGGCCCGGUGUCGCCCGGCCUGGUGCAGGCAGAGAUCCUGCCCAGCGCCCCCAUGCUGGUGACCAGCAACCCCAACAUCCCCGUCCCUGUCGCUGCCGCGGCCGCCGCACAGAAGCUAAUGAGGACAGACCGGCUGGAGGUGUGUAGGGAGUACCAGCGGGGGAACUGCACCCGGGGUGAGAACGAUUGCCGAUUCGCUCACCCUUCCGACAGCACUAUGAUUGACACCAAUGACAAUACGGUGACGGUGUGCAUGGACUACAUCAAGGGCCGCUGCUCCCGGGAGAAGUGCAAGUACUUCCACCCCCCGGCUCACCUGCAGGCCAAGAUCAAGGCCGCCCAGCACCAAGUCAACCAAGCUGCUGCUGCAGCCGCCAUGGGAAUCCCAGCCGGAGUCCUGCCUCCGUUACCAAAGAGACCCGCGCUUGAAAAAACCAAUGGUGCCACAGCCAUGUUUAAUGCUGGAAUGUUCCAGUACCAACAAGCCCUUGCCAACAUGCAGUUUCAGCAGCAAGCCUUUAUUCCGUCAGGCUCAAUAUUGUGCAUGACACCUGCAACAAGUGUUGUUCCCAUGAUGCACGGUGCUACACCAGCCACUGUGUCUGCAGCAACCACAUCUGCCACAAGUGUUCCCUUCGCAACUGCCUCAGCCAAUCAGGAACCUCCUUUAUCAAAGUUGACUACCCACGAAUACAUGCAUUUGAUUCCAAUAAUAUCUGCAGAACAUCUGACUAGUCAUAAGUAUGUGACACAGAUGUAGGAGCUCCAUCCAGAACAAUCAUACGGGAGUGUGCAGGUGUACUGUUCAGAGGAAAAGACCACCCUUCAUGUAUAUAACAUCGAGAACAAUAAGAGACACGGAGACUCUCAGCUGGAGUGCCACAUACAUCAUGCAUGCGAAGGCGGAGGACGACAGGGCUGAGGAUAUUAAAAAAACACGUAUAUCGCACACGUCCCUUCUGCAUCCUCUCCGUCUCCAACUAACCCUCCGGCUGAGAUCAACUGGGGCGUUACCAUUACCGGCAGCCCCUCCAGCUGCACCGGGCGGUGAAUACACACGGGCGUUCGUCCGGCCGAACGGCCACGCCCCAUUCUCACUCCUGUACGUGCUCAAUCAGAAAAGAUCGAUUAUGGUGAUGUCACGCCUAACAUAUUGGUACAUCUGUAGACCAAGAAAUAGUUCUCGUUUUGUUUGUUUCUGUCAUUCUGUUCAUUUGAAUCUUUUUUCGAUGUUAAGUUUGUUUCAAAUUGAUAUAUUUCUUUCAUUGUUUACAAAAAUAAAAGUGCACCUUGUACUUCGAUUUUUAAAAUAUAUAUAAAAACGAAGAAAUGCCAUAUUUGAGGGAGUGGAUUUGAGCAAGCGCAGUGUUCUGUGUUUAAAGCCAGCUGGAUUGUCGGAGAAGGAGUACAGGUUAUCGGAGGUGAAGACAGAUGAAUGUCCGGGGUAUAAAAACACAACUGUACCUUAUAAAGCACAUCAAAGCUUUAACCACCUUGUGUAGGCUCUGCAGCAAGUGCCAUAGACUCUACACCUAAAUCUAGUGUUAUUCCAGAAGUGUUAUCGUUUACCCAAACGCCACCUAGUGUACGCUAUUUCUUUUUGCUGCCCUUUCCUUUUCUCACGAUGCCAUGUUCUUUAUUAUCAGUGCCAUGUUUGUGAUCGUCACGAGCGGCCAGGAUUGGGUGUCUCGUGCCGGACGAACACAGACGCACUCAACAUCGCUUUUUAUCCUUCAUGAAAAUAGUUUUUUUUCUUCUUCAUUGUUUUUUGGGUUGGUUUUUCCUUUUGCUUUCCCCUCGAUGGAAGACGUGCAGCUGGCCUAAGCUGGGCUCUGCUGGGGUUUCAGGGACUUCCUGGGUCAGAAGUUCACAGACCCUGAAGGUGUUGAAAGACUAGCUCAGGAUUCUGGAGUGGUUGGUCACAGUCUCAACUGUAAGGGGACUCUAAACAUAGGGAAGAUUGAAGCACUGUCGAAAGAUGCAUGUUAAAACAAAUGAAUGAGUAGGAAGAGAUGUUUAAAACAGUUACAGGGUGGGAAAUGUAUUUGGGUGUAUUUCUUUUUGGUGUUAUUUUAGUAUUGUGAUUCCUUUUUUAGAUUAAGUGCAUAUGGUCUGUGACAGCCUUUAAGAGGAACAUGACAUCAACAACAGAAUAGAUUUUAUUUGUGAGCACUGCUUUUUUACUGGGUUAAGCCAAAGUUUUUCAUUUUUCCUUAAACAUUUGAGUUACUUAGAGGACUUCUGCUGAGCAAACUUAACAGUUGGUGAAGCAGAACCAAAUUCCAUAAGGUUGAACACAGAAGUGGAGGCUGUUCUCUAGAACCCGCCAAAUUUCCCAGUGCAUUGUGGGUUUUUUAAUUGUGACAGAGUUGUGGGCACUUAUGCAGGAAUAGGUUGUUGAUUUACUGAUUGUAUUGUACAUCUAUUAAAGCCUUAGAUUAAAUCACAGGUUUGAUACCAUUCAAAUGUAAUUUUCAAUCAUUAAAUAACCGAAGACAUUUUAUUGUAGGUCUUAUGUGUACAAUUUAUGCUUAAUUACAUUUAAUUUGUUUCUGUGUUUUUCCCAUUACAUAUAUAUAUGAAUAUAUAUGUCUGUCUCUUACAUUCUGGACAUAAGUAUGUUUUCAUUUUAUAUGACUUAAAGGUUGGAUACUGUUUUAAUAUUUAGUUAGUGGAUUUUUGUCUUACUAGAUUUACUGAUAAAUUGUGUAGAAUAUUAAAUAUUAGAAAUCAUUUUGUGUUCUUCAUACCAUACUCAUAGUUUUGAAUUUAGUGUCAAUUUAAGUGUUAGUAUUAUUAUUGUAAACAAAUUGAUUUUUAUUUUUAAGUGAAAUGUAAUAAUGUCGGUCAUUUUUCCUUGUCUGUUGGAAUUCUUUGAACAAAGAUCUUUUAUAUGGAUAUCUUAAAAUGAGGACGUCAUUGCUAAGGAAGAUGUUGAGUUGUUGCUGUGGCAACAGCACUGGCUGAGAAUUGAGUAAUAUUUUAAUGAUUUAUGGUUUGUAUUUAGUCACUAUUAUAAGAAAAAAAUAUUAAUAGAAAAUAUAGUUCUUAGAUGGUAGAGUGAAAGUUAUUUUCUACUGUAUCCAUUUCAAAUAGUAAAGUAUUGUUUUAAUAUUUUUAAAUUCCCUGGAUGUCAGACUGCAGGAUAGACCGUAGGGCUUUCUGAGCGCGGGAGACUGUGGGGAGAUUGGGCUCCCAAUCACUGAUUAUGCUGCAGAUGAGUGAGUCAGAACUUGACGGACUAAGGUUGACUUUUUGCACUUCUGUAUAUAGUCAAAAAGAGAGAAAACAUGUAUAAUAUUGAGAUCUUAUUUUGAAUAAAAAAAAUGUCUAUAAUUAUGAGGAAUUUUGUUAGGUUAAUUAAAAAUAAACAAAAGACAGGCUGAACAAAAUUGCUUGCAAAAAAUGGCACAGAGUUCUCAGUCUCUACCCCUUUGGGAAAAAGGCGAAAGGCUGCUCUGCUUUCUGUCAGCAGCUUGUAGUGUGCCAGGAAGCCUUCAGGAGGACACCUUCUCCUGUAUCCUCACCUGCUUUCCCACAGGUGUGACUACAGCUCCCACCAUACAACGACUUCUGUUCCUUAGUUUGUCACGGAGGAUUGCAUGUUCAAGCAGAAACACACAAUAUUAUUAGGUAAAAUAAAUAUGUUAUACAGCAAAGUGUAUUUAAGGUAUACAGUAUAAUAUCAACAUAAUGGAUAAAGAGAAAUAAAUACAAAAAAUCGAGUGGUUCGCUGAAAAGAAUACGAGGAAGCACUCAGUUUCACUACUUCAAGUAAUAACAGACCGGCACAUGCAUACACACAUACACGUACACGUAUAUGUACACAACACAUCCUAGCUUUAGUGGUCACAUGGCUAUUUUUAUUUGUUUAUUUGUACUUUUAGCAGAUGAAACCGAUGCCAUUGAUGAAUGUGUUGGAUGUGUAAAAACAUCAUUUCGACCAUCUUAAUUUUGAGUUGACUCUGAAGAAUCGAUGCACCAUCUUCCCUGACUGGGCGAGUGCAGUUUCUCGCUGGUUGAUUCUGACGGUCUUACAACUCACUGCUGAUCGCUCUUCAUCUGCUCAAAGUGCACACACUUGGGGUUUAAUGCAGUGUAAUCUUUUUCUGCUUGUAGUUGCUUAAAUACAAUGUAUUAUGUCUUUUGCUGCAGUUUGUUUUAUGCUAAUUUUACGCUACAUUUGAUUUUUUGCUGUUAUGAAUAAAACAACAAAAUAUAAAGAAAAUAAAAGUGGAUUUGCUCUAAGAAAAA